AUGAAAAGUCAUCCCCAUCACCCUCAUCGCUCGAAUGGGAAUGGAAUCGGGAGUGGGAAUGGUGUUGGCAAUGGUUAUACAAAUGCAAGUACGAAUGCAAAUACGAAUCUUAACUCAAGAAGUUUAAACGGGAACAGAUUGAGAUCGGGACUGAAGCAGAGAAGCUCUUCUUUGGACUCGACGUCUUCUACAACAUCAUCGAAUUCAUCAUUGAACUCUGGUGACGGCAAAAACCAAUCUUUUGAAAACAGUUAUCCGGAUCAAUCGCAUCAUUUGCAUCAUCCUCAUCAAACCAUUUCAUCAACCACCAUCCUUCCGCCUUCCUCCAUAAGGGACAUCAUUGCCUUGAUCUUUGUACUUUUGGCAUUACCAGAAAUCUUAUCCUGUAUUAUUCUUACUACGUAUAUACUUUCUGGUUCGUCACGUUCAUUUGGUGGUCGUCUCAUUGCUAAACACCUUUUGUUAAGAGACUCCUCCUUAAACUUAUUUAAUGAACAUAAUACAAACUCAAAUUAUAAGAGCAAGUUGAUUCUGUUUUUCUUGAAAAGCUCAAGUAUUCAUACUUUGAUUUUGGGAGUUUUCCAUUAUGUUUUCCCAAAGAAAUUCUUUCAAUACUUAAUCAUUUUAGCCAAAUCUAUCAUGGCUCUGGAAUUGAUUGGAGCAAGCUCGUCCAGUUCAACUACAAUCACUUCAAUAACAUCGACAUCUUCGUCUGGUUUGACCACCACCACUACAACAACAACUAUAAAUAAUGGACAAUCACAACCACAAUCACAAUCGCAAUCACAGUCACUUCCUUCUCCUUCAAAUCAACAAAUCAACCAACAAGGAAUGAAAAAAUUGACAAAUCUUCCCAAAACGAAUCAUGAAAAUAAUUAUUUCAGUACUCACAUCUUGAAUUCAAUCAUUUGCUUCAUUUCAGUAGUUUAUAUCAAUUAUAUCAUCCAAGAAUGGAUUGUAUCAUUUGAUUUCAUCUAUUUGAAAAAAUUGGCUCACAACUUAUUCAUCAUUUUCCAAUCUUACCUUUCAAAUUCUUCUUCUUCAAAUUUUUCUUCAAACCUUAAUAACGACUUGUACGAUUCAUCAAUUCAUUUUAACCAUGGGAUUCUAAAUAAAAUUAGUUCCCCUUUUCAUAUCACUCAUAAUCAUUCUUUAAAUCAAUCUUCAUCAAAUUUCAUGAAUAAAUUUAUCCUUUAUCUUUCAGUGAAAUACCUACAAUUAUCAGAUCCAUCAAUCCAUUAUCUUUCAACAAUUUUACGUAAAUGUUCCUUUUUGAUUAAUAAUUUCUAUUGGUUAUUAUGUAUCCAUGUUAUAAGUUUAACCUUCACUCCUUUACUAAACAAAAUCAUUGUUUUGAAAGAUUAUUCGAAAACUUUAGAUCAUUUAUCAAGUUUAACUCCUAAUGUUCCCUUAGAUUUCCGUAAUAAAGCAAAUUCAUCAAAUAUUAUAAAUCAUCCAGCCGAUUCAAGUAAUGAUCCAAUCAUCGUUAAUGUUGAACAAAAUGAUUUAAUAUCAACUACCCUGGCAAAUGAUAUUUAUGAAAUUAAUGUAAAUCCUAAAAUUUCAAAAUCAAAUUUAACCAGUUUUAAAAUUAAUAAAUUAACUUCUGUUGCUGCUAAUAAUUUUGAAACUUUUUGUGUUAUGCCUUUUACCAAUAAAGUAUCAAAUUUUUUAAAUUUAAAAUAUACUAAUAAUAAUAAAUUUACAAAUUUAAUUGAUAAUUCUAAUUCAAGUCAAAAAAGAUUGAAUUCUAAUCCUUCCACUAUGAUUGUUGAUAAAGAUUUAGUAAGUGUUAUUUCGGUUCAACCAUUUUGGUCACUUUUAGCUUCUGCUAAAAUUAUGUUUAAGAAUCCAAGUUUGUUCGCUGGUGAAUCAACUAAAUUUAAGAAUAAUGGAGGAAAAUUUUUCAAUCAAAAUUUAAAUAAUUUAGAAUUAAUUAAAUUCUCAACCAUAUUAAUUGAUGAUACUAAAGUUAUUUUCCAAGCUUUGGAUUUAGAGAAAUUUAGAUUAGUUUAUUCAAAGUCAAUUGGAUUCGAAAUUAUUGUCAAUGGUGUUUCUUGGCCAUACGUUGAAAUUUAUGAUUCAAUGAAUGAGGAAACAGAAAACGAAUGUUCUUAUAUUUGUAUUUAUGGUUUAACUCCUUUAUUUCAAUACGAAAUUGAUAUAUAUUAUAAAACGGAAUCAGAAUCACUCAACUUCUUGUCACAUUCUUUGGUUAAUACAAUUAGCGGGAGUAGUCAAACUGUUUUAAAUAAGUCACCGGAGAUUACCUCUUUGAUGACUUUACAAUCAAGUUUAAUCUCAGCUAUUGAUAAUUUGAAUAAUUUAAAAUCUAAAUUCAAAAAGACUAAGAAAGAUGAAAAUAAAAAAAACUCUGAUUUGAAAAAAGAUAUUGAUAAUUUGAAAAAUAAAAUUGAUAAGUACAAUACAAAACAAUCAAAUCAUUCAAAUAGAAGUCAAGGAAAAUUAAAAGGUUUACAACAUUGGGUUUUACACAUUGAAGAAGAAAUUGCUUCAUUAACUUCCGAACUAAAUAAUUCAAGCAAUUUUAAAAAUGACCUGGUUCAUCAAUUCAAAAUUGAAGAAUCUAAAUACAUUGAUGAAAUCAAAGUCUUAGAAGCAUUCAUCAAUGAAUACGAUUCCAAAAUUGGCGAGAUGAAAAAUCAACUAAAAGCUAUUGAUUUGGAAUUGCAACUGAUUAUAAUGAAGAAUAAAAAACUUAAGAAUAAAGAAAAUUUAAGGAUUGAAGAGAUUAACAAAAUUAAUUCAGAAAUUAAAUUAUUGAAAAAAAAUGGAGUUUUGGGUAAAAUUAAUAAACGAAGUAAAAAAAUUGAAGAAAAAUUUGAGAAUACCUUACCUAAGAUCAUUCAAGCAACUACUGAUAUUCGAAAGGAAUUUGAAGAGUCUGUUAAAAAUGAAUAA